UCGACGCGCUCGAGGAUUUACUGCCAGUUGGUUUUCAGACUUUUCAGAUCUACCUUUCACAGACAAGACACGAUGGCGGAGCAGUUUGAACUGACCAUCAACGGCAGGAAGUACAGAGUUCGGCCCGACCUGCCGGCGGAGACUUCGUUGAACACAUUUCUGAGAGAGGAAGCCCAUCUCACAGGCACGAAGUUCAUGUGCAGGGAAGGCGGCUGUGGUGCUUGCAUCGUCGCCGUCAAGUCAGUGGACCCGGUCACCAAGCAGGAAAAGAACUAUGCAGUCAAUUCGUGCUUGCUCCCCGUGCGAUCCUGCCAUGGGCUAACUGUUACAACGGUAGAAGACAUUGGAAAUAAACAAAAAGGGUAUCACCCGGUUCAGCUCUACCUUGCCAAAUUCAACGGGACCCAAUGCGGCUUCUGCAGCCCAGGGAUGGUCAUGAACAUGUACAGCCUAUUGAUAGACAACCCUGGCGUAAAGAUGAAGGAGGUGGAAAAUUCGUUUGGGGGCAACUUGUGCAGGUGCACUGGAUACAGGCCGAUCAUGGACGCUUUCAAAGCGCUCGCUUCGGACGCUACGGUCGAGCUAAAACGGGCCGUUGGCGAUAUCGAGGAUCUGUUGCCAUGCAACGGCGUCUGUAAGAAAAACUGCAAUGGUCACUGCACGGACGAGGCUCGACGGCCCCACAGAAGCACUUUGCCGUUCCGAGCGACGCUUAAGAAUGGCGAGUUGUGGUACAGACCUUACAGCCUUAUGGACGUUUGGGAGAUUUUCAAAAUUAUAGAAAAUCGACCGUACAUUCUUCUUGGAGGAAACACCGCACAAGGUGUUGAAAAACCUGAAGUGUCACCCAUCGUGUACAUCGAUUUGGGGCGAAUCGUCGAAUUGAGAGAUUAUAAAAUCAGCGAUUCCCAUCUGGACAUCGGGGCAAAUAUGACUCUGACGGAUGCCAUGGCCCUUUUCUCAAAAGAGUCAGCGAAGCCCGGCUUUGCUUAUCUUAAAGUGCUCAGCGACCACAUCGAUCUCGUGGCAAACGUUCCAGUCCGAAACAUUGGCACUUUGGCCGGCAACUUGGCGAUAAAACACAAAAAUAACAAGUUCCCGUCUGAUAUAUUUCUUAUUCUAGAAACGGUCGGGGCUCAAGUGGUCGUCGCUCGUGCAGAUCGGAGCCAACCGCCGAUUCCUUUGCAGGAUCUGCUGGCGAAAAAUUUAUACAAAGCAUUGAUAAAAAGGAUAAUUUUACCUCGCUUGCCAAAUGAUAUUUAUAAAGUUAGGACUUUCAAGAUAAUGCCAAGAUCCCAAAACGUGCACGCUUUAAUAAACGCAGGAUUCCGUUUUAAACUCGACAAUAGUGGCACCAUUUUAGAAAAGCCGAGCAUAGUUUUUGGAGGGGUGAACCAUCGAUUUAUACACGCUGUAAAGACUGAAGAGUACUUCAAAGGGAAAAAACUGUUAAACGAUAAGGUGCUGUCGAAGGGUCUAGAAAUCCUCUCCGACGAACUCGAGCCUGACAACGAUCCUCUGAAACCGAGCCAAGCCUACAGGAGAAAAGCUGCCCUGUUGCUGCUUUACAAGUUUGUGCUAGGGAUCGACCCAAAGUCGAUCAGCACCAAGAACGCGAGCGGAGGCAUGAAUCUGGAACGUCGGCUAGGGACCGGACGACAAGAUCGUGGCACCAAGCCCGCAGACUGGCCGGAAAAUAAAAACUUUCCCAAACUCGAAGGGGUCAUCCAAGCAUCUGGAGAGGCCGAAUAUGUCAAUGAUCUUCCUCCUUUUCCCGGCCAACUACACGGGGCUUUGGUACUGGCGAGAGAAGCCAUCGGUGACAUCCAAUCCAUCGACCCAUCAGAAGCUCUUGCAAUGGAAGGAGUUGUGGCUUUUUAUUCAGCUACUGAUAUACCAGGGACUAACAAUUUUAUGAUUUCAAACGCGUAUACUUAUGAGACAGAAGAGAUAUUUUCAAGUGGGAAGAUUUUAUACGCAGGCCAGCCUGUCGGCGUGGUUGUAGCUGAAAAUUACGAGCUCGUGCUCUCUGCUGCUAGAAAGGUUAAAAUCACCUACAAAAACAAGGCUAAACCUAUUCUUUCGGUGAAAGAUGUUUUGCAAAGAAACGCAAAUUCAAGAAUAAAGCCUUUUAAAGUUUCAUCGGAAGAAAAACAGCGCAAGCAUAAGUCAGCAAAUAAAAUUAGUGGAGAAUUGGAAUUGGGCCAGCAGUACCAUUUCACCAUGGAACCUCAAAGCUGCGUUUGCGUGCCUGUUGAAGAUGGCCUGGAUGUGUUUUCGGCAACUCAAUGGAUGCAAAAUGUACAAGGCCCGAUUUCAAAAUGUUUAAACCUGCCUGAAAACAGCAUAAAUAUACAAGUGAGGAGAAUCGGCGGUGGUUUUGGCUGUAAAAUUACAAGAUCGGCUCUGAUAGCCACUGCAUGCGCCUUGGCAGCGUACAAGUUAAACAGGCCUGUCCGGAUGGUUUUGGACAUUCAAACAAACAUGGAAGCAAUCGGGAAGCGUGCUGCGGCUUACAGCCAGUAUGAGAUUGGUUUUGAUGAUGAUGGGAAAAUAGAAGAAGCAAAGAUCAAAGUUUACAGCGACAACGGAUGCGCUCUCAAUGAUCCUUAUGACGUCCUUAUCCUCAGCGGAAUCCAAAACUGUUAUCGUUCAUCAGACUGGAACAUUGAUAUUUAUGAUGUAAAGACAGAUAACCCUAGCAGUGCAUGGAUGAGAGCACCAGGCACCCUCGAGGGCAUGUUAACUACAGAACAGAUAAUGGAGCACAUUGCAACUACCAUCGGAAAGGAUCCGUUAUCAGUGAGGUUGAACAAUUUUGGCGAAUUCCCCCAGCUUGCCUCUAUGGUAGAUACAAUAAAGAAAAGUUCUGAAUAUGAUCUUAGAUCUAAAGAAAUCCUCAAAUUCAAUAAGGAUAACAGAUGGAGAAAACGAGGCAUCUCUUUAAUUCCAAUGGUUUUUCACUUGGACUAUUUUGUAAGUUAUCACGCCAUGAUGUCCAUUUAUGCCGAUGAUGGGACCGUAUCGCUGACAACCGGUGGAAUCGAAAUGGGCCAGGGCUUGAACACAAAGGUGGCUCAGGUGUGCGCGUAUGCAUUGGGCAUUCCUUUGGAUAUGGUUAAGGUGAAACCCACCAAUUGCUUGACAGCUCCAAAUGAUGGAAUGUCUGGAGCGAGUAUAACAAGUGAUACAUGUUGUCAUUCUGUUUUGAAAUGUUGUGAAAUCAUGGCACAGAGGCUGGCCCCAAUUAAGAAAAAACUUAAAAAUCCAACCUGGGAAGAGCUGAUAUAUAAAGCUUUUGAAGAAAGUGUGGAUUUGAAUGUAUCUUAUAUGAAUGCUGCUACCGAACUGCAAGGAAAUGAUGUGUUCGGUGUUGGUGUAUCAGAGGUCGAAGUUGAUCUUUUAACCGGCAAACAUGUUAUUUUAAGGACGGAUAUAUUAGAGGAUGCUGGAGAGAGUUUAAGCCCUUAUAUCGAUUUGGGGCAAAUUGAGGGUGCUUUUGUAAUGGGACUCGGCUACAUGCUUACCGAGCGGAUUGUCACCGAUGCCACAACGGGGAUGAACCUCACAAACAGGACUUGGCAUUACUGGCCUCCUGGUGCAAAAGACAUUCCGGCUGACUUCAGAGUCAACAUAGCGAGAGAUAUGCCAAAUGCUAGCGGAGUGUUGCGAUCAAAAUCAACCGGAGAGCCACCUAUUUGCCUGGCGUACAGCGUCGUUUGCGCAAUUCGGCAAGCUUUGAAAGCAGCGAGGGAAGAAGUAGGUCUUGACAAAGAAUGGUUCAAUUUAGAUCAACCUUGCACUGUUGAAAAAAUACUGAUGUCAGCUAAGACACCGUUCAACCAUCUUGUUUUAUAAGGAAUUCAUAAAUCGAGAUGUAAAUUUUAUAUCAUUACUUAAGCACCAGCCUUUCAAACACUAAAUAGAAUGUUUAGAAUUUAUUACAAAAACAAGUCAGUUUUGAUGCUUUGAUUUUAUGAGAUCAGUAUAUGCAAGUUCUUA